AUGUUGGAACGGCGGGUUCAGGGCCGCGAGCAGAUUCCUUGGAGACGGAAGCAGGUCCUGAGCAGAAGGACAGGCGUGUUCACCCUCCCGAGAGCCCCUGCGCACAGGUUCGACAUGGCCGCUGAGGUUUCUGCCUUUGCCACGGCGCGCCUCGGCAGCGCAAGCGCCCACGCGGACGCCCUCGCGGCGGAUUUCGAGGCCGUCGGCCUGGACCUCCUCCCAAACCCGGACGCGAGCGCCUGCAAGGCGCCGCCCAGCGAGACCGCCGUCAUCGGCACGACCCCGCAUGGAAAGACCACCGGCUGCCUGACCUGCGGCCCUCGGCCCCCGACGACGCACAGCGGCGAGCGCCCCUUGCUCUCCCUGCAAGCCAUAAACCACAUCAGUAAGGUUUGCCGCGACGUCCGCGCGUCCGCGAACUUCUACAAGCAGCUCCUCGGCUUCCAGGAAGUCAGCCGGCCCUCCUCUUUCGACUUCAACGGCGCCUGGCUCCACGGCUGCGGCAUGGGCCUGCACCUCAUCCAGGGCGAGCCGGACCCGCGGAAGGAGGAGAUCGACCCCAAGUCGGACCACAUCAGCUUCCAGUCGGACGACUUGGCGGCGGUGGAGAGCACGCUCGAGAGCCUCGGCGUCGGCUACGUCAAGCAACUGGUGCGCGAGGGGCCGUACCUCGUCACGCAGCUCUUCUUCCACGACCCGGACCGCAACAUGAUUGAGGUCUGCGACUGCCACCAGCUCCCGUUGGAGUUUCUCACGUCGAAUGGGUGGCUCGACCAGACCGGUGCGCUCGCGGGCGAGCUCGGCGAGGGCGAGGAGCGCGUCGUGGCGUCGCGGAAGUUCUCGCCGCACGUGCGCGACAGCGGCGCGAACACGUCGGAGCUGCAGACGCGCGCGGCGUCGCCCAAGCCCGCGCUGGUGAUUGAGCGCCACGACGGGCAGCGGACGCGCCCGCAGAGCCUGGACUGGGCGUGGCGCGCGACGGGGCAGGCGCCGCCCGCGCCCGCGCCGUCGAGGCUGUACCGGAACUCCCCCGCGAUCCGCGAGGCACCAGAGGAGGGGGAGUCGGACACGAAGUCUGACACGAAGGAGUGA